AUGCACGGCGCGUCAUCGCCGCACCUUGCGCGUCCUCACUCAGGCGUUCCUUCCGCACACCUUCGUCAACGACACGCGCUAUCUGUGCGUUGCAGCGGAGCCGCCUCUAACGGGGCUGUUCCCAGCGGAAACCCCUCCCGCGCGCGGCUUUCCCCCAUUUCUGCCGCGUCGCCAGCAGUCGCGCCCGUGGAUGAGGCUGCUGACGUCACUGAGCGAGAGGUGCUAGAUUUUGCCGUAGACGAACCGCAACGGUCAGAUUCUGAAUCCUCGGUGGAAAGCGAUAUCGAGAGUGACGGGGAGGUGAGCGCUGGGGAAUGGAGCGACGGCGAAGUGGAGUCGGCGGAAGAAGCAGGCGCGCGGGGGUUUCGGCGGAAGAGCGCGCGGAAGAAGAGUGGGACGGUUUCGUCCGGGGAGGAGGAGGAGGGAGGCGCGGCGAUGGAGAUUAGCCCUGAGGCGCUGGCGAAGGAGGUGGCGAAGCGUCGUAACUUCGCCAUCAUUUCGCAUCCUGAUGCGGGAAAGACGACGCUGACGGAGAAGCUGCUGCUGUACGGCGGGGCGAUCCACGAAGCGGGAACCGUGAAAGCGCGUCGCGCCGCCAGACACGCCACGUCGGACUGGAUGGAGCUGGAGAAGCAGAGAGGCAUCUCCAUCACAUCGACGGCCAUGGUGUUUGAGGCCAAGGACAAGCAGAUCACGCUGCUCGACACGCCAGGCCAUCAGGAUUUUGGCGAGGACACGUACAGGACGCUAGCAGCGGCGGACAAUGCAGUGAUGCUGGUGGACGCGGGUAAGGGUCUGGAGCCCCAGACUCGCAAGCUCUUUGAGGUGUGUCGCAUGCGGCACCUGCCAGUGUUCACGUUCAUCAACAAGAUGGACCGGCCGGCACUGGAGCCCUUGGAGCUGAUGGACCAGAUCGAGAAGGAGUUCUCGCUGCCCUGCCACCCCAUCAACUGGCCCAUCGGCUCCGGCGACAGGUUCAAGGGGGUGUACGAUCGGGUGAGUGAGCGCGUGCAUCUGUUUGACCGCGGCAGCUUCCACGGCAGCAAGGAGGUGGAGGCUACAAUCAUGACUCUCGACGACCCGCGCCUAACGGAGCUGGUCGAGCCCGACCUGCUGGAACAGCUCCUGGAGGAGGUGGAGCUAUUGGAGGAGCUGGCCCCGCCUUUGGACGUGGAGAAGGUGCAUACGGGCGACCUCACACUCGUCUACUUCGGCAGCGCCAUGAACAACUUUGGUGUGGAGCUGUUUCUGGACAGCUUCCUGCAGCACGCCAUGGCGCCCGGGGAGCACGACACGGACAUUGGGGCCCUGCCCGCCCACGACCCCAACUUCUCCGGCUUCGUCUUCAAGCUCCAGGCCAAUAUGGACCCCAAGCACCGUGACAAGGUGGCAUUCGUGCGAGUCUGCUCAGGCCAGUUCAGCAAGGGCAUGAAGGUGCAGCUGGCGCGCACCGGCAAGACGGUGGCCCUGUCGCGCCCUCAGAAGCUGUUCGCCCAGGAGAGGGCCGUUGUUGAGACUGGCUUCGCUGGCGAUGUCAUCGGGCUGAACAACCCUGGUGUCUUUGCCAUUGGGGACACCAUCUUCACGGGGCCGCGCCGUGUGUUCCCGCCCAUCCCCUGCUUUUCUCCGGAGCUCUUUGCACUGCUGCGCAACCCCAACCCCUCCAAGUACAAGCAGUUCCAGAAGGGACUCUCCGAGCUGCUAGGCGAGGGCGCCGUGCAGGUGCUCUACUCCAACGAUGCAUCGCGCACUGAUCCUAUCCUCGCUGCUGUGGGGCAACUGCAGUUUGAG